AUGAGUAACUACAACAUGUCGGCGAUGCGGAAACACAACGUCACGACAUUUCCGCGUCCCCCCGUGGUGGACCGAGUCCAGAGACACAUCCAGAUCAAGUGGCAUGGCCAACUUAUAGCCGAUUGCCCGCCCGGUGAGGCUUACUGGUGUCUGGAGACCCAUCACGCGCCCAGACUUCCUCUCUCGACGACUCCUCGUACCUCCUUUGACGAGUUCAGAGGUCCCAUAACCUACUACGCCAUGAUGAGCCCCAUCAACGCGGCUGACACGGUGAGCAACCGCAUCUGGUCGUUCAACGAGCCUCCAAAAGAUUUUGAGGCCAUCAAGGGCUAUCUGGCCUUCUUUGCGGGUCCUUGGGAGUGCUAUGUCGACGGCGAACGCGCCCAGUCUCCCCCGCAAGACUUCUACGGCGGGUGGGUCACGAGCGAUAUUGAAGGCAUCAACAAGGCUCCUCAUCCUUGGGGCGUUCCCCCCCCCUGGGGCCACGAGCAGUUCUAG